UGUGUGUGUGUGUGUGUGUGUGUGUGGGGAGCAGAGCGGAGGGUGGAGGUUGGUCUCUCUCAUUGUAUGUGUGUGUGUUUCAGGAGCCACUUAACUACUGCAAGGGGACAGUCAGCCAGUCACCAGGGCCACCGGGUGGUCCUAUGGAACAGCACAGAGCAUUCUAGAGCAGUUGGAAUCUCACGGAAUCAGAAUCCAAGAGACCACCCUUCUUAGUGUUGGUAUUGUCUUGGUUGUCUUGGUCUGGGUUGGCCUUGUCCAAUUUGGACGAAACCUGUUAUUCAGGGCAUAGGGGAAUACGGGAUCGGGGUAUAAGGGGAUUGCGGUUCGGGACGCAGACUGGGCUACACAUGCUGAAUACGGAUUGCGAUUGGGACUUGGGACUGGGCUGCACAUGGUAAAUAAGAAGCCCAGCUAAAGUCGCAGCAGCACAGUAUGUCUACUACUGAGUCAACUCCGGCCGAGGGUGGUGCCCAGAAGAAGGCCUCCCUCAACAAGAACAUCAAGAAGCUCAGGACCAUCAGCGCUGUGUGCGGCUUGGCGCGCAGUUGGCAGAGAUGGGUCUCCGACAACGAGGAGAAACAGUCCACAGAGCCCUCAGGAUGGUCGCCAGACCCCUUAGAGAACGUAGUGCUGCCCACACAGAAGAGGCCUCGGCCCAAAGAGGCACCUCCUAAACCCCCUGUGGAUGACCAGGAGUGUGGUGGGGGCAUCAAGACGGCAUUGGUAGUGAAGACGGUGCAGAGCAGCGUGACGGAGAAGAGUUCGGGGGUCAGCGCUCUGGCGGAGCGGAUCGGGCGGGACCCGUCGGCCAACGAGGAGGUGGACCGUCUGCUGUACGGGAAGCGCUCUCCGACCCGGCGGCGCAUGGGCGGCUCUGUGUCCAUGAUCACCAAGGGCAUCAAGCACAUGGAUAGGGUGAGGAGCGACACGGAGGAUAGCGGUUUCCACGAGGCUGACACGGAAAUAGAAGGAGGAGGAGCUGAGGAAGGAGGCGUCACCAUCAAGAGGUCCACCGGGCCAGUACUCCGCAAGGCGGGCGAGGACGCCGCCAAGAUCAACGCGAUGGCCAAGAAGACGCACAGCGCCGUGGGCGGCCUGAUGAGCCGCUGGCAGAACUGGGCCUCGGAGCACGAGGUCAACCAGAAGCUCAACCCCUUCAGCGAGGACUUUGACUACGACUACUCCAUGCAGACGCGCCUCCGCAAGGGCGAGGACGGCUACGGGCGGCCCAAGGAGGGCACCAAGACGGCCGAGCGGGCCAAGCGCGCCGAGCAGCACAUCCACCGCGAGAUUGACGACAUGUGCUUCGUCAUCCGCACCAUGGCCGACCCGGACCCUGACGGCCGCACCAGGAUCACGUUCGGCGAGCUCUUCGACCGCUACGUGCGCAUCUCGGACAAAGUGGUGGGCAUACUGAUGCGGGCACGCAAGCACGGCAAGGUGGAGUUCGAGGGCGAGAUGCUCUGGCAAGGGCAAGACGACCACGUCAUUAUCACGCUGCUGGUGUGACAUCUGCUGGUGUUAUGUCCAGGGAAAUCGACAGGAGCAGGCAGAGGAGAAGAGAGGGGGUGGGGUGGGGUGGGCACAUGGGGUGUAUUGGACGGGGGGGCGUGGUUAUAAUGCUGGAGCUCAAGGGACGCUCUGGCAAGGGCGCGAAGACAGCGUCAUAAUCACGCUGCUGGUGUGACCACGUCCAGGGAAAUCGACCAAUAGGAGGAGGUGAAGGAGAGGAGAGGGGGUGGGGUGGGUGUUUGGGGGGUUCCCAUUGCACUGUAUGUAUACAUGGGUUCUAAAUGUUUCUUUUAACCUGACAGACCGGAAUUAUCUGCGUACAACUCAACCUCUGAUUGUUGGAAACCGCUGUCGGUCAAAAAAUUAGCUCACGUGGUUGGCUGCCAGUGUCUUGCCUCUCCUCAUAACAUCGUGUUGAUAAACACAGCGAACCC